CCUGGAUUACUAUUCUGGGUUGAUAUACGAGGUUAUUCCCACGAGCACAGACCGGCCUGGUCACGCUAGGGCGAGUCAACCUAGCCAGGUUAGCAGCAUUUCCGGGGGCGGGCGUUAUGAUACCCUCGUAGGUAUGUAUGGUAAACGACCUAUUCCGUGUGUCGGCUUGUCCUUUGGGGUAGACCACAUCUUUACUCUCCUAUAUCCGGGAAGGGAAAAGAGCUCUCCUGACCUGACUCGCGAGACCGAUGUAUACACCAUAGCGGCUGGCGGCGGCAAGGAGUACGAUGGACUUCUUCUUGAGCGUAUGACAGUGGCUCGUCAACUUUGGGACGCCGGCAUCCGGGCUGAUUUUUUCGCCAAGGUAAAGCCGAAGCUGCUUCCACAGUUCAAGGCUUCCGAAAACGGGCUACUCACUGUCAUUCUUGGUCAGGACGAGCUGGCAGUUGGUUAAGUUAGGUUGAAGGUUGCGCAGCAAGCUAGCCACCAGGAAACAGAUGAGGGAGAUGGAAAGAGUGAGAAGGAUCGAGGCCAGCUUGUUUCUAGAAACGAUCUGGUAGAGGAAGUGCGAAAGCUCCUAGCCGUAGUUGCAAUUAAACAAGAAUAGAUUUCCUGCACCACUACCUGCCUCUUGAACACGUAAGGACUGUCAGUAACUCUUAGUUAAUGAGAAAUUGCUUAAUAUAAUAGCAUCGCUUUCUGUGACAUACUUACGAAGCCUUGCCGUACUGCUAACCAUAUCAUGAAUCUCAUUAGGGGCUUCAAAGGGAUAGGGGGU